AUGAUGACGCGGGCUGCGGCGCUGCUGCUCGGACUCGUGGUCUCGUACCGGGCAGAGUACCCCCCCACCGUGAAUAUCAGUCUGGAUGAAGACCCAGAGGUGCGCUGGGAUCCUCUGGUCAAAGUCUUUGACGUAGACUACCUGAGGAAAGCCGCCGCUGAGGUCAUUGACACUACAGUUCCUAAAUGGCUUCAUCAGGCAGUUAAACCUUUGGUGUUGGACCUUGAAAAGUACAUUCCUCAACCUUAUGCGGGGGAAAUCCGUGGCUUGGCCUCACACCUUGGAAGCACUUCAGACGUCAUAAUUCUCAACUUUGCCUAUGAAGUAUCUGCAUUUUGCACUAGCAUCGUAGCUCAGGACAAAAACGGCCACGUGUACCACGGCAGGAACCUUGAUUAUCCACAUCCUGUUCUAAGGAAUCUGACUGUCAACGUAAUUUUCCUCAAAAAUGGAAAGGAGGCAUACCGAGGAACUUCCUUUGCUGGCUACAUUGGCCUGUGGACAGGACAGAGUCCUAACAAGUUUACCGUCUCUGGCGACCAGAGAGGCAGUGAACACUGGUGGAACUGGUGGAAGAAUGUGGUGUCUGCUUUCAUCUAUCGGAGAUCCCCAGUCAGUUGGCUGGUGAGGGAGACACUGGAGAAAGCUGAGGACUUUCAGGAUGCCGUGAUGCGUCUCGCCAAGAUUCCCAUCAUCACUGGGGUGUACUACAUUGUGGGUGGGGCGCGAGCAGGGGAAGGGGCCGUCAUCACCAGAGACCGAAAGGGCCCCGCUGAUAUCUGGCCGCUGGAUCCUCUGAAUGGAGGAUGGUACAGAGUGGAGACAAACUUUGAUCACUGGCUUCCGCCUCCAGAUCCCCGACGAGACGCAGCCAACAAAGCACUCAAUGCUACUGGCCAAGAUCACAUCAACAUGGAGACCCUUUAUCAGGUUCUGUCGCUGUAUCCAGUGUGUAAUGGAGGUACUGUUUACACAACAAUAAUGAGUGCAGCAGCUCCCGAGAAGUACAAGACACUUGUCAGGCCACAGGGCUGCCGAUCAAACUGACGGGCCUUGAGCGGUCGUCAACGCACAGAUUUUUGCCGCGGCGUGUUCUUGCUUGUCUGAACUUCCCAACAUGGCUACAUGUAGAUUAACGAUCACGUGGAGAUUGAAUAAUCAACGAUCACAAGGGAAUUGGACUCGAGCAUUAUCAGGGUAACGGUGCUUUUCUGCCGCUAAUAAAAAAUGCUGUGAUUAUUUUUGACAUCUUGUGUAACCAGAUUUUAUAUGUCAAGCUCAAUAAAGUUUUUACUUAUUUGCUAUCA